UUACUGUCUCUGCGCAGCGCUGCGCUCCGGCUGUGCGCCAGGCUCCCCUCUCUCCGCUCAUCGCUCUCACAAAGCGCCUCGGUCAUAAUAGGCUGGUUGGAGGCGGACGGACUUUAAAAAACAGACCUAUAUCGGUCCAUCCCCAGCUGUCAGCGGGAACCCGAACAGGUGGCUCCUCCAGGCACCCGUCGACAGCUUGUCGCUAAUCUCCGCUGUGACGACAGCGCAUUACCCGGUGCGCGUAAAACCGGGAGUGCGGGAGGUUUGGGUCGGGAUUCUCAUCAGUCACCAGGAUUUUACUCAUCGCCGCGGAUUCACCUCGCAGACGGACUUCUGGAAAGUGAGCCGGAAAUAAUGACUCUUUGUUGGAUGUUAUAAAGUGUGAGCUGCCAAGACAGAGAGGAGACGGCAUGUUACCAGAAAUAAACAACAAGGCGUCCCGGCCAGAGGCGUUCCCUCAGCCCCACCGGCUCCCAGUGGAAGGCAGCCGCAUCGGAGCAAACCGGCCCUGUUCACAGAAGUUCAGCUCUGGUUUGGGGUCGCUGCCGCAGCUGGAGACCCCCGUGGUCCAGGUGGUCGUCAGCAACGCCAAAAACCAGCUGCAGCAGUCGGACAACAUCCUGCCGCAGAUCACCAACAAAGGAGGUCAAAACGGCUACCAAACGGUCGAGAGGUCAAAGUCAACUCAGCAGUUCACGAUGCGUUACGGCGCAGCGACAGACAAGGCGGCCGUGUCGCGUAACGGGAAGGAGCGAGCGUACGAAGGUCAGCGGCUGCCCAUGUCGCCUGCAGAGGCGCUCAGUAACUUCCGGGAGCGGCUGACGGAGUUCGAGCAGGAGGAGGUCAGCGACUACGCCGAGGUCUGGUUCCUGGGUCUGGGCUCGCAGAAGAUCGAAGGAUCCCAGGGAGCGGCGCAGAACGACGGAUACGACGACGAACACGGCAGCUACGUCCGGGUGCUCCAUGACCACAUCGCGUACCGGUUUGAGGUCCUUGAAGUGAUCGGGAAAGGUUCGUUUGGCCAGGUCCUGAAAUGUCUGGACCACAAGAACAACGAACUCGUCGCCAUCAAGAUGAUCCGCAACAAGAAAAGAUUUCAUCACCAAGCUCUAGUGGAGCUGAAGAUCCUGGAGGUGAUAAAGAAGAAGGACAAAGACAACCUGCACAACGUGAUCCACAUGAAGGAGCACUUUUACUUCCGGAACCACCUCUGCAUCUCCUUUGAGCUCCUCGGGGUGAACCUGUAUGAGCUGAUCAAGAAGAACAACUUCCAGGGCUUCAGCCUGGCGCUGAUCCGGCGGUUCGCCCACGCUCUGCUGCGCUGCCUGCAGAUGCUGCACCGGGAGAAGAUCAUCCACUGCGACCUCAAACCGGAGAACAUCCUUCUGUCUCAGCGAGGGCCCGGGAACAUCAAGGUGGUCGACUUCGGAUCGAGCUGCUACGAACAGCAAAGAGUGUACACCUACAUCCAGAGUCGCUUCUACCGCUCCCCAGAGGUCAUCCUGGGUCACCCCUACAGCAUGGCCAUCGACAUGUGGAGCCUGGGCUGCAUCCUGGCCGAGCUCUACACCGGCUACCCGCUGUUCCCCGGGGAGAGCGAGGUGGAGCAGAUCGCCUGCAUCAUGGAGGUUCUCGGGACGCCUCCAAACGACUUUGUCCAGUCGGCAUCAAGGAGGAAGUUGUUCUUUGACUCCAAAGGAAACCCGAGGAACGUCACUAACAGCAAAGGGAAGAAGAGGAAACCCGGCUCCGUUGAGAUGUCAGCGGCGCUGAAAACCAACGACCCGUUGUUCCUGGACUUCAUCCAGCGCUGCCUCGCCUGGGAUCCAGAGAAGAGGAUGACUCCCGAUGAAGGGCUGCAGCACCAGUGGAUCCUGGAAGGAAACUUCAACAAAGUGAGAUCCAGAACCAAGCCGACAGCGAAGAGGAGCGCGGAGAGCUGCAGCGGCGCCAACAGCAGGCCUGCGGAGAAGGUCGGCGCAGAACAUGGCAGCAACGACAAGCUGAAGAGGGACGGCUCCGAGGCCGGAUCCAAGAUGGCGUCCGGCGAACGCCUGCGGCCCCUCGGCGCCUCGGCGGAGGAGGAAGUGUGUGAAAGCGAAGGCGGCGAGCGGCCGGUGCACAUCAUCAUCAAACCACAAGAAGAAAUGAGCACCGAGCGGAAAGACGGCUAGCAGGUCGGAGGAUCGGGACGCGUUCAGGGCCGCUGGGAAAUACGGAUGUUCUGGUCCGGACUUACAGGAAGAAACCCUGAAUUCAGGGAAGUGGGUUUUUUCUACACGGUGGGAAAAACAUCAACAAUGACGGUGAUCCAGUUUCAUUUCAUCACAUCUGAAACACGAAACUUCAUUUGACGCAGGAUUAGAUUUACAGCGGCAUCUGGACCUGCAUGAUGUCAUUUCUGGAAUAAAAUCUUUGCUGUGCAUCGAAAAAAAACCAAAAAAAAAACUUGACUUUUAGCUUCAGAGGAAUUAAAGCUGAAAACGUAGAAAAUCUCCUGCUGCUUCUUGUUCUUUUCUCCUCAUGUUGGUGUGAAAACGCUGAAAUAUUGAGUCCAAUAACGGCCGAGCCAAAUGAUUUCUACCACGACAGCAAAGAAAUAUUUAUCAGAAUUAAGUUCAUAACUCGUGUUAUUAUUUAUAGUUUGUGUUUCAUUGAACUAAACCCUAAAAUGUGGAUUUUUAAGAGAAUCUAUUGUAAAUAUUUCUGCUGUUUUUUCUUAUAAAUAUGUAAAACAGAGCAGAUUUUAAAAUUAGACAAGGUUCUACUUGUUGUGUUGUUACUGUAUGAUCGCCUUGUAUGUCUGUUUUUCCUAAUAUUUUUAUAUUGGAAGCAAAACGACAAUCCCGUUGUUGAUAGUUUGUGCCUUGCAGUAUUAGAGAUCCAGCACUUUAUUGUUGUUUUGUUGACGUUUCCUGUCCAGAUAUGAUUUGAGCCGUUCUGCCAGGAUCCCUUUUAUUUAACAAAAAGAUUCUCCAACUUCAUUGGUUGCAAAAAAUUCAUUUAAACUGAUUUUAUUUUUUGUUUUUUUUUUACAGACCCAGCUUAUAGAAAAGCAAAUAUCAUCAAACUAUAUGGGCUAACUAACUUAAACUUAGAUGAUGUAUUGUAGCUGUAAAUAAAAACUCAAACGAUGUCAUUUCUAUGUAUUUUAUGCUGAAAUAAAUGCUGUUUAAAGGACA